GGAGCGAAGGGACGAAGCCGCUGCUCGCCGACAGACAGCCGCUGAGCACCGGGGAGCUCCGGAGAGAGAGCCGGGGGGACAGAACCGGAGCCGCUGGAGCGUGUGGAGGGAGAAGACCCGGUUCUCCUGUGAUCCGGAUCAGUCCACCGGCCGGAGGAGAGUUUCAUCUUCAUAACUUGUGGGAUUAAAAGCAGAACAAGAGGAGACAAGAGAAAAACCGCUCCGGGACCGGGUCUGGGUCCGCGGGUCUGGAUUUAUCUUCAUGCUCUCCGCACACACAGGAGGUCCGCUGUGAUCCGGAUCCACUUUUGGGUCUUGUUCGGUGUUUUGUGUUGUUGGGGCGUGUGCGGGGGUCUUUGUCGGACCAUGGUGGGGGAGAUGGAGGGGAAGGAGAAGCCCAGGCCCAGUCCGGAUUAUCUGAUGCAGCUCAUGAACGACAAGAAGCUGAUGAGCAGUCUGCCGAACUUCUGCGGCAUCUUCCAGCACCUGGAGAGACUGCUGGACGAGGAGAUCAGCCGUGUGAGGAAGGACAUGUACAACGACACUCUGAACGGGUCAGAGAGGAGCAGCGAGCUGCCGGACGCCGUCGGUCCGACCGUCCAACUGCAGGAGAAACUCUACGUUCCCGUGAAGGAGUAUCCUGAUUUUAACUUUGUGGGGAGGAUUCUGGGUCCUCGUGGUCUGACAGCGAAGCAGCUGGAGGCUGAAACAGGAUGUAAGAUCAUGGUGAGAGGGAAGGGCUCCAUGAGAGACAAGAAGAAGGAGGAGCAGAAUCGAGGGAAGCCGAACUGGGAGCACCUGAACGAGGAUCUUCACGUCCUCAUCACAGUGGAGGACGCUCAGAACAGAGCUGAGAUCAAACUCAAACGAGCCGUGGAGGAGGUCAACAAGCUGCUGGUGCCCGCCCCGCGGAGGAGACGAUACGGGNUCUCUCUUGCAGCCUCCACUCAGGCUCCUCGUGUCCUCUCUGGCCCUGCUCCCGUCUUGGCCCCGCCCACCACCCUUCGUACACCUGCCCCCACAGGCCCCGCCCUUAUGCCUCUGAUUCGUCAGAUUCAGACGGUGCUGCCCAAUGGGACGCCAGCUCUGAUGCAGGGGGCGGGGCCUGAGUCCGGUCUGAUCUAUGCGACACCGUACGACUACCCGUACGCUCUGGCAGCGCCGGCCUCCAUCUUGGAAUACCCCCUGGACUCUGGCGGGGUGUUAGGUGCGGUGGCCGCUAAAGUUCGGAGACAUGAGCUGCGUGUCCGCCCUUACCGAAGGGUGGCGACCGCAGACUGAGGUUAGUCCGCCCCUCACCCCUCAGGCCCCGCCCCCUGAAUUCUCACCUGCCUUUCCCACAAUCCACGGCUUUGCCUCAGCUAUUGUCUGUGUGAGGUGUUUUCACAGCCAGUUUUUCUAUGUUGAUGUCAAUCAAUCUUUGUCUCCAGUGGUCAGACCACACCCAUUUUUAAAACUCCGCCUUCAUUUUGAUCCCAACUACACACCUGUAAAUUGCCGUGACUGUAUCUUGCAGUAUCUCGCAACACACACGCCCAAACACACAAAGACUCACCAGGUGGAAACAAUACCUGUUGUCAUGACUGGUAAUCAUCUGAAAUUUUAUCAGACAAGGCGUGAAAACGCCCCACAGGUAACAGAACAGGUGGUUUCUGGGAAAUGCAGUCCUGAUGUGUGAUGGUCAGGAUCACCAACACAAGCUAAAUGUUCUGUUUGUACAUCGCAGCAGUUUGUUAGAACCAUGUUUAAAAUGACUUCCCGCUCCGUUAUUUUGAAGACUUUAUGGAUCCACCAUGACGUUGAUGAUAAAUAAUGGACUCAUUAAACAGAAGUGAUGAUGAUAAGUAUUAAAAACAUAAACAUUUUUAAUAAAUCCACUUUGUUCUCUGGCUCCUCCUGAAGAUGUUUCAGUUUCAUCUCUGUCUCAAAGACUGGUUUAGCUUAGCUUAGCACAAAGACUGGAAGCAGAGGGAAACUGCUAGCCUCUACUGGGACAUUCAGGUGUAACUUAAAACAGCACAGUCAGAAUGAUUAAUUGUGUAAAACAGGUGCAAUAAAAUUGGGAAAACAUUAGCUUGCUAAUGUUAACAAACAUUAGCAAGCUAAUGUUAGCUUAAUAUGAGGCACUGUUGAUAUUAGCUCUCUCACCACAACCUCACAUUUUUUAGUAAUCAGUUUCUGAAAAUUCAACAUUUAUCAAUAUGCUCUCUUACUUUUUUCAAUUUUUUGAUGAAGCUACGCUAACAGUUUCCACCUGCUUUCAGUCUUUGCGCUAAGCUAGGCUAAUCCUGGGCACGCCUAAACCUGGACUUGUCUCAGGGCCAGACCCAGAGAAGAAACUGAGUUAACACUAAACAUUGGACUCUGGAGGAGACGGAGAACCGGAGGAACAGGACUGAAUGUUAUACUAAAAGUUCUCAGCCGUUAAUGUGACGUUAGCUAACAGUGUUGGAUAAUUUAUCUGUGUGCACAAACCAAGUCUAGAAAAAUAUCAGUUUGACUUUUUGUCAUGAAUGAACUCAGUUUUCUUUUCCACUUUGAAUUUGGAUUUUCAAACUGCAGAGUGGUGACUGGACCUGAAGGUUUCUCAGCACCGACCGACCUGUAAAAACCUUUUCAUCCGUCCUAAGUUUCAGACUCUGAAGUCGUCUGAGAAAACGUCUGUGCUGAGAUCAGAUUAGAUGAAAAAGAGUUGAGGUUUGAUGCGGAAUCUGAUGUUUCUGCUGAUGAUCAGAGUUUUACAUUAAAUAUUAAUACACAACACAUUGAUUUCAACAAUAAAAGUUUUUACAAAAACUGAGAAUCCAGCCCUAAAUCAGAAUAAUGAAGGUUAAACUCGGACAACUGGACUUGUUGUUAGAUACUUUAGAUGUUUUCAGGCUUCAGAAACCUCUUGGGGUAGAGGUGAAACGUCUUCAAGUAUCUACAGCAAGUCAAGUUUCCAUCGAUUCAACUUCUGGAUGAAUCGCCAUAUUUUUGGAAACGAAGUUAUAAUAUUUAAACAAAAAAAUUUACUCGAGUGAUGUCACUGUCCAUCAGCAGAAAUGUGUUUUUCCAGUUUAAACCAGAACGAUGUAAAAGUCUUAGAGGCUAAAAUCCUGUAAAGAAUCAGAAGAAUCGUGUUUUUCUGGGGUUUUGUUACUAAAACGAUCAAACUGUAAUCUCUAUUGAUCCAAACAGUAACGGAUAGGUAACACUGACUGAAUUAAUGAAACAAAUCUGAUGAAAUUGCACAGAGUCCUGGUGUUAACCCGCCGUGGAGACGUCCGACUCGUCCGCCACAUUAACAGAUUUAUAAACUCGACACACUCGAACCCGCCUGCUGGUCAAAACUCGAGUGGGCGGGAUCUGUGACGCCGUCGGGUUGGGUCGGGUCGGGCGCUGUCGGUCUGCGGGUGGGUUGCAUUCAGGUACCACCGGUAAACCUGUGUGUUUGCUGGUGUCUGGCUGUGAUGGUGGUGUCGCCAUCAACACAGCAGACAACUGAAAACCUCCGAUAAACCUCAAAGACGAUGAUUUAAAGAGAACAAAUGUUUUGACCCGAGCAGCUUCAGGUCACUUCAUGGACGCGAAGAUGAAGAGUGAAUGAAUUUUAGGAAACAGUAUUCCACUUGAGACAUUUUUUUUUAUGUUUUUCUGUCUUUUAUUUGUUUUGUUGUUGCAAAGAGAGUAGUGUUACUUGUGGCUUGUUAAAAUAUAUAUAAACAUAUAUAAAUAUAUAUGAAAAGUAUAAAGCAGGAACGUAUAUGAAAUAUAAUAUUUGACUUGUGUUUUGCAGAGGACUCCAUUAGAGGGCUGUUUGUAGGACGAAGACGUGUAGCAGCUUUAUAGAAAUGUUUUUCUAUUUUUGAAUCUAUUUUAGGGCUUUAUAUAAAAGACGGGAGCUUCCUGUUUAUAUGCAAGUUUCUAUGAAUGGUAGAGUCUUUAAACUGAGAGCUGUUAGCACUGUUAGCACUGUUAGCAUCAAACCUUCUGUUGUAGUGUUGCUUUGUGUCGUCACAGCAAAGAUUUCCAUGUUUGUUGUAAAUAGAAAUGAAUCUUCUUGAAAAGGCAAUAAAAACUAUUAUUGAGU